GACUCCCUUAUCAGCGCUCACCAUAUUGUGCGAGUACAUCCUCUUGUCCAGCAGGGAGCGGAACACUGUCCUUGCAACACGGCUCCCUCUCUCCAGCACUCAGACCGACAGCAGCUCCAUCCAACGGGUAGCCAACUGGAGCCCUGAAACUAACCCGAGGAGGAGGGGAGAGAAAGAGAGAGAGAGAGAGAGAGGGAGAGAGAGAGAGUGAGUGAGAGAGGGAGAGAGAGUGAGAGAGAGAGAGAGAGUGACAUGAGGAGGCGUAAGCAUCACCUUGCAACAACGCCACAUUUUGUGGAUGAACACACAGGAUUGUAGGACUGAAACCCGGGACGAGCGAAGUAUUCUUAAUACUACUAUCAGUGGUAUUCCUGUGCCGUUUUAUUUAUAGGAAUUCUGGUGAUUCCACACAAUAGGAGAACACUGUUAGAAGUGGCUAUACGGUGAGGAAUUGUCCCCUGGAUCGCCUGGUAGACUGAAGCCAGAGGAAGGUUCGCUCCGGGUAACUGCGUUGAGCACUACACUUGAGCUCAACUGGACUGCACUUCCGGGAGGACUGUGCGAGGACAGUAACUGGACAUAUCGCCGGACGGAAUCACAGGACCCUGGUUAGGGACAAGGGACACGGCCGGGAAGGAAGAGGUAUUGCGAGGAGGACAGGAGUCUACACGGAGAGAGAGGGAGAGAGAGAGAAGGAGAGAGAAACACUCAGAGAGAUGAGAGAGAAGAGAAGAGAAGAGAAGACACCAGCAGGACAAAUGACUGACCUGCCCCCUACCAAACUCUAUGUGGACUGACCCUCUGAAAUCCCCAUGAUCCACACACACCCACGGAGCACAAAGAACUGUGAAAGUCUCUCCUCGUCCUCAGCUUCAGAGUGCACUCACCGCUCCAUUGAUCAUUUGUCUAGCGUGCUUCUCGCGGGAGCUCCGACACUUGUGAGACAGGAGUCAAGAGGAGACACACGCGCGCACGCACGCACACACACACACACACACACACAUACGCACGCUCUAGCGACUCCCUCCUGCUUUCAGUGAUUCUCCUCCCCAGAGGUCUCUGGCUCGGGGCGAACAGGUGUCAGUGCACAGCCCACCGCACGCGCCUGCUCCUGAUUGGUCUAAUUAAUGUGCGCUCAGAGCCUCUCCCGCCACCGCCACCAUUUUGGAUGUGACCAUGCGGGCUGAGGCCGGCGGCGCGGGCGGAGCGACUCGCCCCAUGUGACCCCCUCCUGACCCCCUCACAGCCGGGAGGGAAGCGCUUCGGACGCCAACAGAGAGAGCAGUUUUACACCCCGACGCUCAGACAGAAGGAGUGUGUGUUGACCCCGCAGUUGGGUUCGCCAGGGGAGCUAAUCAGCCCAUCAGGAGUCGCAACACACACACACACGCACACACACACACACGGGAGGCCGAAGGUCUCAGACCAGGAGUUCUGCGUCUGGCCGCGUGUGAGUGACCAGGAGUGGGCAGCCGUCAUCAAGAGGGAGCGGGAGAGAGGGCCGGCACCUGGCCAGCCAACAACCCCCGGAGGAGCUCCACCAUGAUGGAGAAGCUGGAGCCCAGUGUGGCGGCGGUGGCCGCGUCCGGCGGCAGUGACCGCUCCCCGAGCCCCCAGGUGUGCUCCGUGCUGCUGUCGCCCCUCUCGCCCCCGCCGGCCCCGCGCAGCGUCCACCGCCUGCCCAGCACGCCCAGCAGCGGAGGGGACGGAGGGGACGGAGGGGACAGCGGCGAGGGUGGGAGUCCGCCGAUGCCCAACGGCGGAGGGAGCCGGGGAGACGUGCAAGAUGGCCGCCCGGACGCCCCGUCGUCCACGCCCGAGCCCGUCGCCGUGACGAUGGAUGAGCGGGAGAAGAAAGAGGAGGAGGAGGAGGAGGAAGUGAAGGAGGUGAAGGAGGAUCUGGACAGGAAGGAGGAGGAUAUGGACACCCAGCCGGACGCGUCGCCUCAGACAAUAAUGACAAUGGCAGCCUCUCAUCCUCCUCCUGCUCCUCCUGUUCCUCCUGCUCCUCCUCCUCCUCCUGCUCCUCCUCCACCUCCUCCUCCUCCCAGCCUGGUGCCUUUCACAGCCGAGCGGAAAGUGACUGUAACCUCUCCCCACAGUCGCACACUGACCCCCACCUCCACCUCCACCUCCACCCACACCCCCACCUCCUCCACCUCCUCCUCGCCCUCUUCGUCCACCCCAUCCCUGGCGCCAGCCUCCUCUUUCGCCCUCCCGCCCAACAUCCCGGUCAUCAGCCUGGGCCACAGCAAGCCUCCGCUGCCCCCCCUCCGCCUGCCGCCCCCGCAGCUGACCACGCUCGGCCCCAUCCCCAACCUCCCCCACGGGCCCCUGGACGGACGCCUCACCCAGCUCAGCGCCCUGCCCGGGUCCAACGCCGCCGCCGGGUCCGCCUCGGGCAUGCUCCCCUCUGGACCCAUGCUGUCCGGGGGGUACCACCUCCUCAACAGCUCGUUCCUGGGUCCGCCUGGAGGUUUUGGGAUCUUCGCUAAUAACCGCAUCAAGAGGAGACCAUCGUCCCACUUUGAAAUGGAGCUCCCUGAUGUGGGGCCUCCCCAGAAGCUGGCGCGGCGGGUGUUCACCAACAGCCGGGAGCGCUGGCGCCAGCAGAACGUGAACGGCGCCUUCUCGGAGCUGCGCAAGCUCAUCCCCACGCACCCGCCCGACAAGAAGCUGAGCAAGAACGAGAUCCUGCGCCUGACCAUGAAGUACAUCAACUUCCUGGUCAAGCUGCUCAACGACCAGGCCGCCGACCGGCCCGGCCCGCCGCAGGACGGCGCGGAGGACGAGGAGGAAGAGGAGGAGGAGGAGGAGGACGAAGGGGAGGGCGAGGAGGAGGAAGGAGCGGACGAGGGCGUCAAGAGCGCCCGGCGCGGACUGAAGCGCGGCCGCGCGCCCGAGCUCUCGUCCUCCGAGCGCUUGCUCGUCGCCCCCCUGCCGCAGGUGACCGCGCGGGGCGCGCUGACCGUGGCGCUGUGCGACCGGGACUCGGACGCCGUCAUGGCGCUGGGCGUGUCGCCGGGCUCCAGUUGCUACGGCGACACGGACAGCGAGGAGAGCCUGGGGCCCAGGAGCGGCGGGCUGAAGGGCGGCGGGGGGGGCAUGAUGGAGAAGGUCAAGGAGCAGAUCCGGACGGUGGCCAUCUCCAGCCACCAGCGGUGACCCCCGCCGGGCCACCGUACACCCACAGACUGGACACCAGGGGACGCUAAACUGACAAGUGGCCGCGCGUGGGCAGAAUGGACACAGUCACUGUUGUUGUGGAUAUUUUUGUGUGUGUGUGUGUGUGCGUGUGCUUGUGUGUGCUCAAGAGGGAGACCUUUUGAAGUUAUUGUUAUGUAUAGCUGGUGGUUGUUGAGUGUGUUCAGUGUGUUCAGCUCAGUUGUUGUGUUUGUUGAUUCAUGGCAUCCAGUUGACCAUAAUGCUUGUUUUCCUUCUAUCGUGAGUCAUGUAAGAACACAAAAGAACACAAUAGAAAAAAAUCCCACCUCAGUAGAAAAUAAAUUCCCAUCAUGCUCCUUUUGCCAGGCUCCAUAACAAUGAA